AAAUGCUUGUAUGGGUUUUAGAGGGAUCUAAAGCGCCCCCCAAACCCCUCCCAGCCAACGGUUGUCUUUCAAAUUCCUUAUUCAAUUCAAGAUUUCAAAUUUUCCUUCCCUUAUAAUCAUGAAGAAAAUAAAGAAGGGUUUAAAUCGACAGUUAAAUCAGGGAAGCACACAAGGAUCAAUGGGAAAACGAAGAAAAUCAAGCAAAAAGGGAACGACAAUGGCGGAAAAUGUAGUAAUAGUACCUUCAUCGGCGGAGAAAGGUAUGACAUUAAAGAACCCUACGUACAAAAAGCAAAGGAAUAAUGAAAAUAAUGAAGACCCAGAGGAUCAUCAAAGUCCGUUGAGAUCUAUAUUUUGUUUGAAGAAGAUCGUUGAUAUGAAACGGGUUGAAGAGACUGAGGAUUGCUUUAUUCUUGAUUUUAAUCCUUUUAACUCCAUCGACAUUGCUAAGCUUUCCGCCGUCAACGACGGCGAUGAGGCUGAUCUCUCCGUCGUCGCCGAGAAGGGCCAGGUGGCUUGUAGAGAUUAUCCACAUUCAAGGCAUCUAUGUUUGCAAUUUCCAUUUGAUACUACACCACAUGACAGACAUUGUCACCUGUGUUACUGCUAUGUUUGUGAUUCAGCUGCACCAUGUGAGUUUUGGGUGUUACAUUGUGAUGCUUCAGAGCAUGUUGAGACUUGGAAAUCUCAAAGGCAAGUGAGGAUCCCUAAGGGUCAGCCUUCUAGAUUUUGAAGAAACUCUCUCCAUUUUGUGUCUAUAAGCUCCUCCUUUUGCUAAAGUUUGGGUACAAGUUACUCUUAUUUUCAAGUGAUUUUGAAUGAAGAUCGAAGAUCACAGGCUUUGUUUCUUUAAAGCUUGAAACAUGUCUAUGCUUAGUGUAGCUUGCAGAGUAUGCAUUGGUAUAUGUCUUAAUAUCAAGUUUUAACUUAAUUCUCUCUUCGAAAGUGCAAAGAAGCGCUAUUUCAAAAUCUUAUGACAGCUAAA